AUGCGAUCCAGAGCAUCCGUAAAACCCUCGCAAUAUCCCCCGCUGUUCUUCCACCUCAUCCGCGCGACCGGGUUAAUCUCAACCUUCAUCGUGGGCAUCAUCCUCGCGGUCUUCAUCAACCAACUACACAAUGCCAACUACCGACUCCCAUGGGCAUUCCUCGUCCUCGUCAUCGCCGUCGUCCUCGCCCUGCUCAACUACCUCCUCACAACCCUAACCCACUGCUUCUACGGCCUCUCCCCGCGCCUCUCCCUAACCACCAACUCGAUCGUCCUCGUCAUCUGGCUGAUCGCCCUCGGCCUACUCAGUUGGAGCAUGGCACACACGAUCCUCACCUCCUGCACAACAACCUACUGGGGCACCUCGACCGGCAUCAGCGUGUGCCGGAUCUACAAGACCCUGUUCACAUUCACCAUCGUCGCCACGGCCGCCCACAUCGCCGCCAUCUCGCUCGACGUUAUCGUCCACCGUCGCCAGACCCGCCUGGGCGACUACGACCCCAUGGCCAGCAGCUCCGCCCUCAACAACUACAAAAUGCACGACCGCAAUAGCAGCGUCAUGUCUGGUGCUGCCGUGCCGUAUGCCGCCGCCGACGAGGCGAAUUAUCCGCUUUACGCGCACCAGCAUCAUCCUUCCGAUGACUUGUACGGGAGUGGCACUGGUAUGGGCCUGCCGGAGCAGCCGCAUCCCGCUCAGCGGAUGGCUGGUGGUGUCUCCGUCGCUUCCUCCCCGCCGUCCUAUAGUUCGGACGCCCUGGCGCAGUACCAUACUGGUGAGGAGGAGGGCUACUCUGAUGUGGUGGCCCAUCCGCAGGGUCGCACCCCCAGAGUCCGCUUUAGUGCGUAUGGUGCGUCCGCGGGCUAUGCGCAUCCUGGCGAGCACACCGGGUAUGAUCCGGCUGCGUAUCGGUGA